AUGACGGAAAUCCACCCAACUCCGCCGUCUUCGGCCAGCAACGCCUCUCCAGAAUCUCUCGCCAAUUCUGUUAGCAGACACGGUCUACCAGACAAGAAUGUGACCAGUGACUCAAUCGAAAAUGCCUAUGUUGCAUUCAUCUUCUAUUGCAAUCCUGCGGUUCCGGCAGAAACCGACACGACCGCAUUAAGAGAAGGUUUCCGGGUCCCCCCACGGAGCGACGGCAAAGCCUUUAGCACAUAUACUCUUUUCGAGCUCAUCAAGAUGCUCAACACAAAGGAGCUCAAAACAUGGGCUGACCUGGCUAUGAAAUUGGGUGUUACGCCACCAGAUACUGGUCAAAGUUCUCAGAAAAUACAACAGUAUGCAGUGAGGCUCAAGAGAUGGAUGCAUUCCAUGCACAUUGAUGCUUUCUUUGAUUAUCUCCAAGGCAAUGAUCAUCCGUAUUGGACACAGGUACCUACGGAUACGAAUCCCUUACGCGCAGAGGGCAGAGACGGAGUCGCCGCCGAAGACGAUAUGGCACUCAGAUCAUUACUACCGCAUAUUAGGCCUCGUCGUGGCCGCCGGAAACCAGAGGAUGACCUGAACAAAUCUCCUUCACAGAGACCACGGAUGGACUCGCCAAGUCUGGGCGAAAGCCGACAGAAUGUCUCGGAGCCCUGGACAGCCCAUCCAGACGGUCAACGAGCCUUUUUGUUCCCUACACCUGACGAAGCUAGAUCUAGCAUUUUGCCCGGAACCGGUUCGACCUUUCCAUGGCCGUCUGAGCUGAGCCAAACGCCCAUGACAGCCUAUCCGCAGUCAGCCAUGACACCAAUCAACGGAAGAGGCUUUUGGGCAGAUGAGCCUCGCUCGGCCAUAACACCAAUGAAAAUGAGAUCCAUGGGACGGAGACACGGUGCAAAAGUGGUGUCGUCUGCUUGGCGGAGUGGUGGCUCCGGUAGUACAGGCAAGACACGCGGAAGGCCGCCUCUGCAACGUGGGACAGACACACCCUUAUCUGCAGUACCUGAUGACGAUUCCACAGGCAAGAUGAAUCCAUUCGGACAUGAUACACCUCGAUCAGCACAUCCCGCGUCUGCCAUGGCACAGAGUUUUGCUGGUGCGCCCACCUCGGCUCCGACAUCAGCACCUACAUCCGCACCUACCUCGGUACCGACACCCACAUCAGCAGGUCCCCAUUCCUCACGACCAGGUCGGCCCAGCGGGCUGUCCCUGCAGGUCCCUGAACGGCAAGGUGGCAAUGUGAGAUUGGCGACUCCACCACCGCCAGUCCUCAUGGUGAAUGGGCAGAGUACGCCCAACGGGACCGAUGCAAACGAGAUAUCAAACUCGGCGUUGACACAAGAUGCCGAUAUUGCAAGCGCAUCAACACACUACACAGGGAGGAAGUCAUUGUCGACAACGCCGAUCGGGAUGCAGAGGCAGCCGGCGGCGCCGGUUCAAGAUGAAAACAUGAUCAAUGUGCGUGAGGUGGAAAGCCUCUUUGUAUCCGAACUUCUCGUCGCCGACUGGGUCGACGGUAGCGGCAACAGCAUCCCCCCUUGCGGCAUCGAGGAAGCCGAGGCCAUUGCCAAGAUGACCAUUGGCAACAUGCAGAAGCAGGCGCUCACCCCCGAAGCUUUUCUCAUCAACCUGUCGGCGCUGGCCGGCGGGAGCAUAUUGCAGAGGGGGGUCAGGGCGGUGAUUACACGAACCGAGGACAGCCCAAACUCGAGCCGAUACACCUGCAAGUGGGGUCUACGGUACGGCGCCUUUCGGGGCAGCUUUUCCAUGACCGAGACGGUGCCGCAUGCCGCGUGGCAAAAGGAGAAGCCGCUGCCCGGCGGGGCCAGCGCGGUUGAGGCCGACGCUAGCCACUGGAAGAGCAAGUACGAGGAGUUGCUGCGUGCCGUCAAGGCAGACCAUGAGCGGAAUACAGACUUGAGGCUGGGUGUCUUGGAUUCACUGAAAGGACCUCAUGGUCAUGAUUGA